AAAAAAAAAAAAAAAAAAGCAUUGCCUAUGUGUGUAACCCAGUGAUGACCAUUAUAAACUGAAUUUGGCUGCAUUGAAUUAUAACUAGUAUGCAUUUUAAUGUAUAAAUCUGAGUCUCCCUACAUGAUUGGGCAGAUUUGAUUAAAUACUUCUGAAUAUGAUGGCAUUUGUAGUGAAUUUGUGAUGCAUAAAUACAUUGAAUUGAAGCUAAUUUAAUAUAUUUCACCUGAUUUGUGCAGCUUUGCAUUGUCAAUUCCUCAACCUGAUGCACUUCUGUCCAUCCAGGAGCCUUCUUGAUCCCAUAUUUUCUGACUCUCAUAUUUGCUGGGGUCCCUUUGUUCCUACUGGAAUGCUCUCUUGGUCAGUACACCUCAAUUGGAGGGCUUGGUGUGUGGAAACUGGCUCCUAUGUUUAAAGGUGUGGGCCUUGCUGCAGCUGUCCUCUCCUUCUGGCUUAACAUCUACUACAUUGUAAUCAUUGCUUGGGCCAUUUACUACCUGUACAACUCAUUUACCACUGAUCUUCCAUGGAGCUCAUGCCACAAUAUAUGGAACACAGAAAAGUGUUACACAAACUACUCCAUUCCAGAUACCACCAAUCUCACCAGCGCUGUGGUUGAGUUCUGGGAGCGCAAUGUGCAUCAAAUGACUGAUGGCUUGGAAAAACCAGGCCAACUCCGAGUGCCAUUGGCAGUAACACUGGCCAUCGCCUGGGUCCUUGUGUACUUCUGUAUUUGGAAAGGGGUUAGCUGGACAGGGAAGGUUGUUUACUUCUCGGCUACGUACCCCUACUUCAUGCUGUUUAUUCUCUUCAUACGUGGGGUGACCCUACCUGGAGCCAGAGACGGAAUCUUGUUCUAUAUCACCCCUGACUUUGAAAAGCUGAAAGAAUCUGAGGUAUGGCUGGAUGCAGCUACGCAGAUCUUUUUUUCCUAUGGACUGGGGCUGGGGUCGCUUAUAGCUCUAGGUAGCUACAACACGUUCAAUAACAAUGUUUACAGAGACUCUAUCAUUGUAUGUUGCAUCAACUCAUGCACCAGCAUGUUUGCUGGCUUCGUAAUCUUUUCCAUUGUUGGCUUCAUGGCGCAUGUGACUAAGAAAGACAUUGCGGACGUGGCAGCCUCAGGUCCUGGCUUAGCUUUCCUUGCAUAUCCAGAGGCUGUAACCCAGUUGCCCGUAUCACCUCUGUGGGCCAUUUUGUUCUUCUCCAUGCUGCUCAUGCUGGGGAUAGACAGUCAGUUCUGCACCGUCGAAGGCUUCAUUACCGCCCUGGUGGACGAGUUCCCCAGAGCUCUUCGAGGCAGACGAGAGAUCUUCAUCGCCGUUGUCUGCCUCGUGUCCUAUGUGAUUGGACUUUCAAACAUCACACAGGGUGGAAUCUAUGUGUUCAAACUGUUCGACUACUACUCCGCCAGUGGGAUGUGUCUGCUGUUCUUGGUCUUCUUUGAGUGCAUCUCCAUAUCUUGGUGUUAUGGUGUGAACAAGUUUUACGACAACAUCGAGGAGAUGAUUGGCUACAAACCCUGUGUAUGGUGGAAAUUGUGCUGGGUUGUGUUCACCCCUCUCAUUGUCGCUGGAGUGUUCUUGUUCAGCGCCGUACAAAUGGUUCCCCUCACGAUGGGAGACUAUGUGUUCCCAGGCUGGGGUCAGGGAGUGGGAUGGCUCAUGGCUCUGUCCUCCAUGGUUCUCAUACCAGGAUACAUGGUCUACAUGUAUCUCGGGCUCAAGGGCACUUACAAGGAGCGACUUCGAAUAAUGUUCCAGCCUCCCAAAGUUGUCAGGAAAUGUCAGGAGAACGGACCUGAACAGCAAGUGGAAACCAACACGGCUAACCUCUCCAGUCCUGCCAAUCCUACCAGCCCCGCUAGCGCCACUAACCCAGCUCCCGCGAACCCAGCCAGCCCGACCAGCACGGCUCCCGUAAACUCAACCAGCCCCGUAACACCUGCCAACCCAGCUCCUCCGCCACCAAACCCAGCCUCGGCUUCUAGCCCGGUAAAUCCGUCGACGACUCCCGCUGCCACUAUUACCACCACUGUCACUACAACCAGUCCGGUUAACCCGACUGUCAAAACUGUUAGCCCGACCAGCCCAGCUCCUAACCCAACUAGCCCAACAGAGCCCGUUAAUCCCCCUAACCCGACAAGUCCGCCCUCUAACCUGACCAAUGCUGAGGCCAAUGUGUAGACAACAACAAAACCCUCAUGGAGCAUGUAGUCAAAAGAGAACAUUACAAAGGACUUCCAAGAUUUUAAUUGAUUCACCUACCUCCAGGGGCAAUUUGUGAUCAAAACAGAUUUUCCAACCAUGCUUAAUUUUUCUGUAUUUGUUAAAUUAAGCCAAUGAUGUCUUAUUGUUGGUUUGCGUUCUGAAAACAAAGUCAAAGACUGUUAGUGUUCACCGAUACAACCGUAAUUCAGAGAAAAAAAAAAUGUAAACAUACUGUGUAAUACUGUGAGAAGAGAAAAAAAAACUAUAGAGUUAUAGAUUAGAGAUUUGUUGAAUAUCUUCAUGAAUCAAGUAAAUACCGUGUGAAUAUAGUAGAUUUAAGUAGUUAAACAAACUUGACAUCGCGGAAGAAUGCAAGGGAUGCUGUCAAUUUCUUUGAGGACGUUUACCAAACCUCACACAGUUGUCUCUUUUUCCAAACUUUGCUCUCUGUGAGGUAAAACUAUAAGCCGCAAGGCGAACUGGGAGCUCGGAGUAAGCACAAUGCCAAUAAGAAGUUCGUGUUUAGGAGCAAUCUGGAGACGUCCAGAAUCUGUUGCAAAAGAUUUUGUGUGUGAGAGAGACUGUUAUUUUUUUCCUUAUUUUUUCAGUGUAAAAAAAAAAAAAAAGAGAGUGAUAAAACUUUUAUGUGAUCAAAGCAUUUUUAGAAUUAUUUUUAAGAUGUUUUAUACUAUGUAUGUUGAAGUGGAGGACCAAAAUCAAUAGGCAGACAAAAGCAAAAACUAUGCCAUUGAGUAUUCGGUUGGCAAAGCACAGGGUACAAAGAAGUACAAUGAACAAAAAAAAAAAAAAAGAGAAGCAGCAGCACACGGUUAGAAAAGUGAUUUGCAAACAUUGACUAUCCCUUAAUGCUGACAGUCAAUCCUGUUUACGUUUUGCAUGCUUUCCUCAGGAACACCAUUGAAAAGUUUCUCAAAUGUCUCCUGAGAAAAAAAAAAACAGAA